AGAGAGAGAGAGGAAGGGAGGGGGCGAGCUCGCAAAGAACAGAAGAAGACGAAAAAGAGAGAGACAAGGAAAGAGAGGAAAAUCCAGUAAUGUCUCUCUUCUCCUUUUAGUGAACUUGCGGCGUUUCGCAGAUAAUGUCCGAGAAUGUCCAUUUCUGGGACUUUGAGCAACUAUUACGUGGACUCCAUCAUAAGUCACGAGAGCGAUGAACUCUCAGCCCCGGCUCGCUUCCCCAGCGUCCAGUACUCCGGUUCCAGCUCCGCAGCGGCCGCGGGCGGGAGGCUGCCCGGCGGCGCUGCGCAGGCGGAGCAUCCCCACCCGGAGUCCUAUCCAUCCUGCAGCUUCCAGCCCAAGCCUCCGGUCUUCUCCUCGUCCUGGAGCCCGUUCAGCCCGCACCACGGUGCCAGUGGCCUCCCCGCCGUCUAUCACCCGUACAUCCCAGCCCAGCACGUGCCCGCCGCGGACACACGGUACAUACGCUCGUGGCUGGACUGCGCGCCGCGCGGCUCCGAGUCCGUCCCGGGGCAGGGCCAAACGGGGCUGGUCAAGCUGGAGCCGCAGCUCGGACACCUCGGAGGGGAGAUCCCACCCAAAAUCGGCGGACAGCACCAGCACGAGACCACCACGUACAUCCUGGAGUCGACGUCCACGGCGGCGCGAGAGCUGAGCCACCAUCCGACCGCCAUCCCGGGAGCAGGGUUCGAGGAAAAUAAGGACAUUUGUGAAGGGAGUGAGGACAAAGACGGCCCGGAUCAAAAUGACCCUUCGGCCAACUGGCUGCAUGCACGCUCCUCCAGGAAGAAGCGGUGUCCGUACACCAAAUACCAGACGCUCGAGCUGGAGAAGGAGUUCUUGUUCAACAUGUACCUCACGCGGGACCGGCGGCACGAGGUGGCGCGCGCGCUCAACCUGACGGAGCGGCAGGUGAAGAUCUGGUUCCAGAACCGGAGGAUGAAGAUGAAGAAACAGAGCAAGGACCAACCCAAGGACUAGCGGGACUCACACAAACACUCAGACGCACGCACGCUCACACCAUGUAUCCGACAUACAGCCCCUCGUUUCUUAGACACGAAGUGGCCUUUCCCAAGAACUGCAAAAAUAUACAUAUAUACAUCUGCUGUUUUCACUCUGUCUUAACCUUCCCUUUGUGAGCUUCACGCCAAUCUAUAUCCUACACAUGAUCAAUUGCUUUAUUGAUCCCUAGUGGACGCCGUAACGUUAAAGCUGAAGUCUUAAGAGCGUCUGAUGUUCAGUGAGAUGGACGGAGGCUGGAACUUUGGAAUCAUUUGUAUUAAUGGAGGAUGAUAGUAAAACUCAGAGGACCAACAAUUCCUCCCGGACUUCUUCUCCUUAAAAUGAGUCUGACUCCACAUAAAAAUGCGGAUUGGACUGUUUGCUUGAUGAACUCAUACAUUGUUCUUCCGUCCUCGUGGUUUUUCGCCCGUAUUAGAUUAUUAAUUAGGCUUUGAUAAUAGGCUACAUUAUGAAAGGGAGGGAAAGGAAGCAGCAAACCGCCAAGUGAUACUACAGAGGACGAGUGGGAGGGAAAUCAGAGAGAAAGAAGCGUUUCUCUUUUUCCCCUCAACCUCUUCCUUAUAUUAGUUAUUUAUUGUAUUGUUGACACCGGAGAGGCGCAGAGGUGCUGAAACCGGGAUUUCACACGGCCAUUAAUAAGCACGAGGAGCAGAUGGGCUGGUGCACGUAGACACACCGCGCUCCAUCCUUAUUUUUCUUCUUCUCUUUUUUUCUUGUUUCUCUCAUUGCCGACAGAAUUUGAUUAGAAAGCGUCCGAUAGCCGGCGCUGAUAGAAGCAGCCAGCCGCCGUUUGUUUCCCGGUUGUCGGCCUAAGUAAUGAGCAAGAUACCGGAGGAGGGUGGAGGAGGUAGGAGUAGGGGAGUGUGGAAAUGAUGUGGAAGCAGGGGUGUUAACCCGACUCAGCAGCUGGGGAUCCGAUUAGGCUGCUGUCAAUACCGUGGAUCUCCGCCCUGCAGCUCUGCCCUCCGGAUGUUUUAUGUGCUGCGGCGGCGGCGGCUCAUCUGCGGCCUGUAUCGGCUAUCGAUAGCCGCCCUCUGCGUGUCACAUGAGCCUAAAGUUGCAUGUUCAAACUAAGCUUGAAGCAUCGUGGCUCAGAGUUUUUUGUGUGAAUGCAAGUCAGAUUUAUUCAGGCAAAUUACAUCCUCAGAAUCAGUGAGGAUCAACCGCUGCUCUGACCCCAGUUCCACGAUGGAAACCGCAGAUUCUCUUUGAUAGCUUCUCCUCAAACCCUGGCGCAGCAUGCUUGUGCACCACUCACUCUCAGAUAAACACGACAUUUUUAAAUUAGACUGGCCAGUACAAAUCCUCCAAGGCUGCUACUUCUUUUACUCAUUUCAUUCUAAUGCGCACAGAUCCAUGCGGCACGCAGCACAGCUCUGCGGCCUGCACACUAAAAUCAAUAACUUCUCCUUGGUCACCACAGUCCAAAUCUUUAUUCAACGUAUUCCCUGGCGUUGCAUUUAAAAAAUAAGAAUCAGCUCUAUUUUUAUACAUACAUUAUAUUGUGUAUUAUCUGCUAUGCAAGACGGCUUUCUUUCAUUUCAGGAAAUAGAACUACACGAGUGCGCAACGGCGGCUUCCAAACGCAACCCGGACGGAAAGAGCGAAAUAUUCCAUUAGACAUUUACUGACAUUUAAAAAAAACAAAAACGUAUAUUCCUUUUUUUUCCUGAAAAUACAUUUCCUAGAGGUUCUAUUACAGGCCGAUAUCAACGGACACAACACGACAGUUAGGAUUUAUUCCCGCGCUAAAUGUUUCAGCAAUAGUGUGUACAUUUAAUGGCCCCGAGUAUUAUCUGGGUAGACUUCAGUUUAUGCAGAUUUUUAUUGAUCUAGUGUUAAAACAUGAAGAGGCCAUGCUGGAAGGCCGCUCUGCUGUUAUUUGAAGUGUUGGCGUCCCAUGGCAGUUUUAUGGACGGAUCAUAAACAACACAUUGGCUUUUGUGUGUGUGUGUGUGUGUGUGUGUGUGUGUGUGUGUGUGUGUGUGUGUGUGUGUGUGUGUGUGUGUGUGUGUGUGUGUGUGUGUGUGUGUGUUGUAUUGGACGGUUGUUCGUGCACCAACAUUUAAAAAACAUACACCUACACAUAUAUUAUUCUACAGCCUGUGUAGUUCACACACUAGCGUGGGUUUUGCCUCCAGUUGAGUUGAUAUCGUGUCAGCUUUUAUUUUGAAAGGAACGGGUCCACAACCAGCCUCUUACGCAAAAGUCAAACAGAGAAGCGCUACGAUUCUUUUUUUUCCCUCUCGAUAAGCAGCAUCUGAUCCUCUAGAGUACAAAUGUUUACAUGGUUUGCGCAUGCCUCAAGUCACUCGUCAUUUUGAAGACGUUAUUUCGUCGUUUAGACUCUUUGUGCGUUGAAUCUGUCGGAGGGGAAUGCUUACUGAAAAAUAAGAAUUAAAAAAAAGACUAAAUAGGAGUUUCUUGAUAGGAAAUAUUUCUAAUUUAUUGUACAUAAAGUGAGUAACCUCGUCUUUCUUAUUGGAAUGAGUUGAAUAUGCUGAAUAUUGUUUUUGUCCUCUCGGGAUGUGGCAUCUAACUGUAAUAUAGAUUUGUUUUUUCUUUUUGUCUGCCAUGUUCUUUAGACUCUGUUUUUUCCAUGUUGUUGUGCCGACUGUCUGAGUUAUCUGUUCCGAUGUCAGUCCGAUGAGCUCUUUGUGUCUUUGAUUUGUUUAAUUGUUAACAGUACUGAGUUAGACUCUGCUGAUGGGACAGAGGAGGAAACAGUUGGAAUAAAAAUGAAGCAACGCUUCGAUAUAAAUUAUAA